UCUCUGGAUUUUCAUUUCUGUGGCAGUGUGCGGCGGUCGGGCGAUACGUACGAAUGUACGACAGCAGAAAUAUUAAGAAAAUACAGAAACUCUGAAGCGGCGGACACGUACUCAAUUGAGGCGGUUACUUGUUCUGCGCAAACUUCACAAGCUCUACAAUUUUUGCGGUUUUGCUUUCCCUCCCGCACCGAUUGCAGCAAUGCUGUUCUGCGAUUGACUUCUUCGCAUCUUUGUUCUGUAGGAUCUGAGGUGAUUCCAACUAAUCAGCGGGCUGGUAUCUGCAACUGAGAUUAAUUUAUUCACCGUCUAAGCCUGCUUUGUUGAUUUUGAUUUUGAUUUUGAUUUUGAUUUUGCUUGUUUAUGUUUUGUUUUUGUUUUUGUUUUUUUUUCUCUCUUUUCUCUAUAAAGUUAUGCGCUUUGGCUGAUUUUUUGCAGGAUGUCGGGUUUCAAUUUGCUUUUCCUUUCCGAUUGAAGCAUGUAAAAUUUAUUUUUUGAAGUUUCAGGGAUUUAAUAAGAAGCCUAUACAGUAAUUGAGGAUUUGGGAUUGGCGUGGAGACUAGGUUUGAGAUGAGGAGGGGUGUGGAUAAUGUGCCUAAGAGCUCCCAACACAAGCAGCCCGCGGCUUCUAGUCGCAUUGCGCCGACCAGGCAAUUCCAGACAUCAACUACCAGCCCAGUGGGAGGAUUGACAUCAAAGGAUGUCCUGACAUAUGUAAAAACUGUUAAAGAAGUUUUUCAUGACAGAAAGGAUAAAUAUGAUGAAUUUAUAAAUGUUAUGAAAGAUUUCAAGGCACAAAGAAUCAAUACGGCUGCUGUUAUGUCAAAAGUGAAGGAGUUAUUUAAAGGUCACCGGGACCUAAUUUUGGGUUUCAACGCCUUUCUGCCAAAGGGUUGUGAGAUCAGCCCCUCACCUGAGGAAGAACCGGUGAGAAAAAAGGGAGUAGAAUAUAAAGAAGCUCUCAAAUUUGUAGCCGGAAUCAAGACUAGAUUUCCAGAUCAUGUGUACAAAGCUUUCAUCGACAUUUUAAAUUUGUUCAAAAAUGACAGAAAGUCUAUAACAGAGGUUUAUAAUGAGAUCUCAAUUCUUUUCAAGGACCAUGUUGACGUAAUUGUAGAUUUUGCUCGUUUCUUACCUGAUCUUUCGGGGAAUGCGCAUCUUCGGCCUCCAGAGCCUUCUAGGAAUCCCAUCCCAUGUGAGGACAAUAGGGACUCUCCUCUGGCUAUAGCAAAGACUGUUGAAAAGUAUCCCAGUCAACCUGUUGUGGAUCUGAGGAACCAUGUUGAGAAAGAAAAUAAAGAAGGUAGAGAGAAAAUUGAGUUGGGAAAGGGUGAUAACUUAGAUCACAAAAAGAGCUGUGCCCGUGAGGAUGACCCUGCGACCAGCCAGUUUCAUCGAGGGAUGCAAGGCCCAGAGUUUGUUUUCCUUGAUAAGGUGAACAAGACAAUACAGGAUGCUGAAAGUCGCAACAAAAUUCUAGACUGCAUUCGCCCCUAUAAAAGCCAGCUUAUCACAGCAGAUCAAUUUCAAACUAUGGUAACUAGUUUAAUUGGAACACAUGCUGACCUGAUGGAAGCAUGCGAUGAUUUCAUAACCUACAGUGAGAAAACUGGUUGCUUGAGGAGCAAUAAACAAGCUUUCAAAUCUUCAAAGGUGGAUGAAAAUUUUGAUGCGUCUGGUAGAAAUAAAACUAAAGAUGAUGAUGAUGAUGGAGAAAGGGAAAGGUAUGAUAGAGGACAUGUGUUAAACACUAAAGAUGUACUAGAACAAAAGCCGUCUUCUCAUGCAAACAAGGAGUACUUGAUGAAGCCCAUCCAAGAACUCGAUCUCUCUAACUGUGAGAGCUGCACUCCGAGUUAUCGACUUCUUCCUGAUAAUGUUGUAAUCCCACCAGCAAACUGGAGAACAAAGAUUGGUGAUGAGGUUUUGAAUGACCGUUGGGUGUCUGUUACUUCAGGAAGUGAGGAUUACUCCUUCAAACACAUGCGCAAAAAUCAAUAUGAAGAAAGCUUGUUUAGGUGUGAGGAUGACAGGUUUGAACUUGACAUGCUGCUGGAAUCAGCGAACACAACAGUCAAGCGCGUUGAAGAACUCUUGAACAGUAUAGAUAAUCAUACAAUCAAACUAGAUGAUUCAUUCCAUAUUGAAGAUCAUUUGACCGCUCUUGAUCUACGAUGCAUUGAGCAUUUAUAUGGUGACCAUGGGGUUGAUGUACUUGAGGUACUGAGAAAGAGUGCUACAUUUUCACUUCCGGUUGUCUUAAGUCGGUUGAAGCAGAAACAGGUUGAAUGGGCAAAGUGCCGUAUGGAGUUCAAUAAGGUUUGGGCAGAUACUUAUGCAAAAAACUACCACAAAUCACUUGAUCACAGGAGCUUCUAUUUUAAGCAGCAAGAUACUAAGAACUUGAGCGCUAAAGCAUUGUUAGCAGAGAUCAAAGAAAUUAGCGAAAGAUAUCAAAAUGAAGAUGAAAUGGUCCUCGUUGAUAGUUCUGGGCAUAAAAAGCCCAUGAGACCUGACAUGGAAUUUGAAUAUCCUGAUCCAGACAUCCAAGAUGAUAUGUAUCACCUGAUUAAAUAUUCCUGUGGAGAACUUUGUACUCCUGAACAGCGAGACAAAAUCAUGAAGAUCUGGACAACCUUCCUUGAGCUUGUGUUUGGUAUUCCUUCUCAUCCUCCAAGUGCAGAGGACAAUGAAAAUCAUGUUAAGGUUGACAAUGAUAUAGCCAAAAAUGGGGACGGUAAUAGUGAAGAGAAUGACAGUCCUGUUGGUGCUACUACUUCCUUCAAGCGAUCAAACUCAUCAAGAUCUGGGGAAGAAUGCAGUUUGACUGAGCAUCCGUGUUCCAGCCAAGUACUUAUGUCACAUGGUAAUUCCCCAGUUAAGAAUGGUAGUUCUCCUGGUACAGAUUUUGUUACUAGUCAGAGUGACAGACGCUCUAAUUGCCCCCAAAGUGAAAAUAUGAAGACAUGUAAUAGUGUGAUGUCUGAUAAGUCCUGGGCUGGCAAACAUGCUGGUUCAGAAAAAGACUGUCCAAAUACUGCCAGAGGAAAGAGCAUCGAUGAUGAUGUUUCCACUAUAAAUAGAGGGCCUCCCUGUACCAAACCUAACCAUGGGAUAGAAGGAAUGCCCACUCAAGAAUUAGAGGAUGGAGUUAUCAAACAAAUUACCUCUUCAAGUAAGGCCAUACCUGAAGAUGUCAAAAUCCAGACUUGCCACGAGGCAAGUGAAAUCCACUCUAAAAUCGAUUGGGAAGAAGGUGAACUGUCUCCUGAUAAAGAUAUGGAUGAGAAAAGAACGUCAGCAUGUGGAAAUACUGGUACUGAAGAAGAGCAGUCACUUUAUAAAGUUGAUCCAAGCAUUAGAAGAAGCAGAGGAGAUACCAAUGACGAAGGGGAGGAAAGUGCCCAUGGCUCAUCUGAAAGUGAGAAUGCUUCUGAAAUUGGCGAUGUAUCAGCAAGCCAAUCUCCGAAUGUAGAAGAGUGUUCUCCUGAAGAACCUGAUGAUGAUGGUGACAAUGAUGAGAAUGUCAACAAAGCUGAGCAUGAAGUAGAGGCAGAUAAUCUGGCGGAUGUUCACGACACUGAAGGAACAAUACCGUUUUCUGAUUGUUUCCUGCAGACUGUGAAGCCUCUUACAAUGAAAAUGUCAAUGUCACAUCAUGGCAACGAAAACAAUUCUCAGAUCUUUUAUGGAAAUGAUUCUUUCUAUUUGCUUUUCAGGUUUCAUCAGAUUCUGUAUGCUAGAAUGCAAAGUGCCAAGUUACAUGCUUCAUCUCCUGAAAACAAAUGGCGGAUUUUGAAUAAUGCAAAUUCGGAAGAUUCAUAUGCUAGAUUUAAGGAUGCAUUAUGCAGUUUGCUGAAUGGGUCUUCUGACAAUGCCAAGUUUGAGGAUGAGUGUCGGGCUAUUAUCGGGGCUCAAUCGUACAUCCUUUUCACAUUGGACAAGCUUAUUCAAAAACUUAUCAAACAGCUACAAACAAUCUCCACUGAUGAGAUGGACAACAAACUCCUCCUCCUCUAUGCGUAUGAAAGGUCAAGAAGUCCUGGAACGUUCCAUGAUAAAGUAUACUAUCAAAAUGCUUGUUUCCUUCUUCCAGAGGAUAACUUGUAUCGUAUAGAAUGUUUUCCUUGUCCAACGCGAUUGACCAUACAGGUCAUGAAAAACGAGCAGGACAAGCUCGAUCCGAAGGCUACCUCUAUGGACCCCAAAUUUGAAACUUAUUUAAAUGAGGUCCUUUCAGCCGUUCCAAGAGUAAGGGGAAGAGCCCGGGCAUUCUUGAAGAGAAACAUAAAAAAGUUUUCAAGUGGAGAUGAAGCUUUAGACUUUCAAAGAGCCAUGGAAGGAGUUAUAGUUCGAAAUGGUCUGGAAACAAGGAUAAAUUGCAGUUCAUCAAAGGCCUCAUAUGUUGUGGGAACAGAAGACAUUUUUUACCGGGUUAGGAAGAGGAAUAAGAAGAGUCAGAGGAAGACUGGAAAUCGAUUUUCCAUCUGGUGCAUCCAAGUUCCCCGACCGCAGGGUUGGUUUCUGACCCAGGAGGAGGAGGAGGAGGAGGAUUUUAUGGCGAAGAAGUGUGAGACUUGUUUGUAAUUAACAUAUGAGUUGGUGUUGGUGUCGGUGAUAUCCUGAUCUCAGACAUUGCUGAUCUCAAUCACAGUAGUAAAUUAAGUUGCCAGCAACAAAAGACAUUAGAUUACAUUACAUUACAUUAAUUAAUUGCAUUUCUAUGUGGAGAGACUAGAAGCUGUUCUAUUCUAUCUAUAUGUAUGACAACAUUAACUGCCAAAAACCCAGUUCAUAGUUACAUUCUCAAUAGCAUUUAAAUUUGUGUUUU